UUAACUCACAAGCACUAAAUUCAACCCACACGCAAAUACCAUCGCCAACUGACUGACUGACUACUUAUCAGCUCCGCGGCCGCAGUACCCCACUAUCGAUAAGCCAUCCCUGUUGUCGCAGCCACGCAGCUCACAUACACUGAUGACGACGUUGUCGCUGCUUGCUCGUGUGCCUGGUUCCCAAACCGGCAAUCAUCUCUUCUACCACCCUUUCUUCCAACCCCUGAUACACGUUUUCGCCACCCCACAACAGAAGGGAGGCUAAAUAGCGAAGGAAAGGAAGGAAACCCCUCCCGGAGAUGGGGAACAACAACAGCCGCAUAACGGCGCAGGACCGCGCGAUCCUCGACCUGAAGCUCCAGCGCGACAAGCUGCACCAGUACCAGCGGCGGAUCCUGCCCCUGGUGGCGCGCGAGACCGAGAUCGCGAAGCAGAUGCUGGCGGCCAACAACAAGGAGCGGGCGCUGCUGGCACUGCGGAGGAAGAAGUACCAGGACCAGCUCCUGAAGAAGACGGACGCGCAGCUCGAGCAGCUUGAGCAGCUUGUGCGGAGCGUCGAGUUCGCCCAGAUACAGAAGGACAUCGUGUUUGGCCUGCAGCAGGGUACCAAGGUGCUGCAGGAGAUCCACGCCGAGAUGGGCGGGAUCGAGAAGGUCGAGCUGCUCAUGGGGGAGAACGCCGAGGCUAUUGCGUACCAGAAGGAGAUCAGCGAGAUGCUGGGCGGCCAGAUAACGAACCAGGACGAGGACGAAGUGGAAGACGAGCUGGCGGCUUUGGAAGCAGAGGUCAAUGGUCCCGCCAAAUUACCAGAUGCACCGAGCAACAAGUUGCCAGAGAUACCACAAACUGAGCCAGAAGCUGCAAAGAAGGAGGAACCGCAGGCGGGACGGGGAGAAGCAUUGCUUGCAUAGUUUUCAAAGAUAUCGUCGCAUAGUAUGGCGUUGGGGGACCUAGCAUUUGUUCUUUUUCUUUUUACCGCAAUAGUAUGAUUUUGGGAUUUUAGAGGCUUUAUGCGAUGCAUAUAUAUACAGGUUC